AUGCCUCCCCCUCAAGACUCAAUUUUCCCUUACAAUCUCUCCAUUUUUCAAUUCAUUGGAAUCUUAAUAAACGUUCUUCAAAUCCUGAUCCUUCUUCAAAAAGACCUUCGAUGCAAUCCUACGUAUCGAUUGAUGACGUGGAUUUGCCUAUUCGAUAUACUUUCCCAGAUAUCCACUUUCACGGCCUACUCCCCGUUGUGGAUCCGGAAUAUUCUGGAAAACGAGUUAUGUUUCGUUAGCAAAUCUUAUCAGGAUACAAUCUCGAAUCUUCUGGGCUCUGCAUUUUCCGACACCUUCCAACGUCUAUCCAUCUGGCUAGCACUGGUUAUAUGCUUUUAUGAUGUCAUGAAAAUUUCCAAACCAAAUGAUGUGUUCAAAGUUAUAUCACUAUUAUGCUUGAUGUCUGUUAUUUGGUCUUAUAUGGUGUAUUUUCAGAAUGUGAUUCAGCCGGUGUACUUUGAACUGGAUUGCACUGGAAUAAACGUUACAUUCUCCGAAACUCGCUAUCAGGUCGUUAUUGCGCUGCCGAAACAUAAGGUUCUCUAUGGGCGGAUUCUGAUUUUGGAUGGGAUAGUGAAAAUAGUUCCAACAGUUAUGGAGUGUGCUCUAAUGAUGGUUUUGCUGAAAAAUGAGAAAGCAAGGUGUACAGAUGAGAGAACCAAACGAGAGAAUGUGACAAAACUGAUUCUAGUGUUCAUGAUCCCUUAUCUUCUAACCGGGGUGCCUAGUACUUUGGCAACAUGCCUAAAAGCGCUUCUUCCGGACGAUUCGCUAGUUUUGUAA